ACAACAACAAAAAAGACAUUUCACAGCUUCUGUUUUCUGCCGCAAACGCCACGAGAAGGGGUGUCGGUGCCCUGCCCUCUGCCGCUCAUCUCAGUAGCUGCCAGCUCCUCAAUUCCACUCUUCAUCGUGUCACCUCAUAAGCUUGGAAUCAAUAUCGAUCUCCUUUUUUUUUUUUUUUGUGCGUUUCAAUCUCUCUCUCAUAAAAUUCCAUUUCAGUUGCCCGCCGGACCUGUCCAUCUGGUCGCCGACUCCAGAAAUGAAUCCCGAGUAUGACUAUCUGUUCAAGCUCUUGCUUAUCGGGGACUCUGGAGUUGGCAAGUCAUGUCUCCUUCUCAGAUUUGCGGAUGAUUCGUAUCUGGAAAGUUACAUUAGCACAAUUGGUGUAGACUUUAAAAUCCGAACUGUGGAGCAAGAUGAGAAAACAAUUAAGCUCCAAAUUUGGGACACUGCUGGCCAGGAAAGGUUCAGGACAAUUACUAGCAGCUACUAUAGGGGAGCACAUGGCAUUAUCAUAGUUUAUGAUGUGACGGAUGAGGAAAGUUUCAAUAACGUUAAGCAGUGGUUGAGUGAAAUUGACCGCUAUGCAAGUGAAAAUGUAAACAAGCUCUUGGUUGGGAACAAGUCUGAUCUCACUGCUAACAGAGUUGUGUCUUAUGAAACUGCCAAGGUAUACUUCAUUUCACCUGCAACCUGAUUGUGUUAGAGAGAGAAAGGCAGCAACCAUGACCCUUGACCUUUUUUCAGCAACUAUGGCCCUUAAACUUUUUUCCUGCGCUUUCAAAAGGCAUUUGCAGAUGAAAUUGGCAUUCCUUUCAUGGAGACUAGUGCGAAAAGUUCAACCAAUGUUGAGGAGGCUUUUAUGGCAAUGUCUGCUGACAUUAAGAAGAGAAUGGCAAGUCAGCCAGCAUCAAAUGCUGGAAAGCCAUCAAUCGUGCAGAUACGUGGACAGCCAGUUGACCAGAAGUCUGGCUGCUGUUCGUCUUAGUUCGCAUUUGGUUGGCGACUGGCAACAACACCGCAUGUGCAGGAUUGGCUUCUUACUAGUAGUAGCCUUGAUCAUAAUCCAUUCCCUAUAUUAGUCCAUCACAAAAUUAUCUCUUUUCUGUUCAUCUAAACACGUCUGCUGUUUGGUCGUCCUGCGUCUUGUUCCUUGUUCUUGUUCAUGUUCCCUUUUCGUUUUGUUUGGGUCUAACUGUGAAGGCCAUGUACAAAAGAUUCAGUAAUGGCAUUGUUCUUUUAUGUCAAAAGCCUUCCAUGCUCAACAUUUGGUAGCUUUCUCAAUCUCAUCAGACAUUUCAUUGCAUCACGCCAGAACUAUUAAAGUUUCCGUUGAAUGCAAAAACGUUAUUGGAAAAACUAACCUAUAUAUACUUUACUCCUACAUGCCACUCUAUUCCUACUGCUGUCAAAAACUAAGAAAAGAAUGAAAAAAUUUAGGUGCCUUCCCAUUCAUUGUACACUAAUUGCUCCAGGGGGACGAGAUGGGAUAUCUGCUGCUGCUGCUGCUCCUUGUGACGAGGCUGACUCAGAAGAUGACUCUCCAACUUUCAGCUCCAGCUUCAGGGGAUCUUGCUUCUUACUUGGCGAAGCUGACGAAACCUGCUGCGAGUGUGCAAAACUCGACCUUGGCCAUGGUAUUCCUGAAGGGUGAGCCACGACAGGCAAACAACCUGGAAAAACUGGAGGGGUAUAGUAAACCAAACUCGGGUGGCACAUGAAGUUCUGCACAACAGGUUUGGAAGCCAGAAAGUCCUGCAUACAUAUUAGAGAUGUCAAACUCAGCAGAAUGGGUUGAAUCAUGUUUCAGUGUUGAAUCAGGUACUCAAUCAAAAUCCUUGCCAUGUAAGGACCCGGAUGGAAACUGGAAAAGCGAGCAGUGGUGGUUGUGGCUGGUUGAAACUUGGGAUAACUCUCUAUGCCCAGAUGUGGAAAUCUGUUGUUGUUGUUGCUGUUGGCAAUCCGAGUUGAAGGUGGCGUUGGCAAUGGCAGUAGGGUUUCGGUUACCUUCUCGUUCUCGGAUUGCGGAACACUUGCCUGUUGGAUAGAGUACGUUCUCGGUGUCUUGAUUACUGGAGCCAAAUCCUGAGACCCCAAAACCGCGGAUGAUGGUGAAGAAGGUGAUAUCGAUGAGGAAGAAGAAACAGCGUCGAGGGUCAUGUCGAAGAGGCUGGAUCUCCUCUUCCUUUUGUCGAUCGAAGACCGUCUCAGGAAAUACUUCUGUGCAUGACUCGCAACCUGCGUCGGAGUUCUGGUCGUCACAAACUUCUUGGAGAUCCCUCUCCAGUCCCCUUUCCCAAGCUUUCUCAAUCCCGCCAGAAACACCCUGUGCUCUUCCUCCGUCCAUGGCUUCCCUUUCUUCCUUUCGUGAGCGGCCGCCUUGCCACGCUUGGAACUGAGGUAUCCGUCGGACAGAUACCCUGCCUCCUCCACCACCGCAUUUUGGCCAACGGAGCCGUUGAUCCAUGAGUCCAGAUUCCCCAUGCUGGCGCUUUUCUUCAUCAUCAACGCCGGCUGAUGUUCCGGUGCAGCCAACUUCUCGACGAUGUUGACGCCGAACAGCUUGAUUCCGGCGGCAGGUGGCUUGGCAGCGUUGCACGUCCUGGAGUUGUGGCCAUUGUGGCCGCAGUGCGAACACUUCCUCGCACUUUCCUUCACCAUUGUUUUUUUUU